GUGGUACAAAAUGGACCAUACCAGUUAAUAGGAAUUCAAAUUGUCCACUGAAGAUUGUAGUUCGUUUGAAUCUAGUAAAGUAGGUAAUUUCACGAAGUACGUCAUUGUGUCAGUUCUGGUGUUCAAAACCAACAUAAGGGAAUGUAUUCUUGCGGGUUUGCUUCAGCAUACAUUAAAUACACCAACCUGAACAAACAAGCUGUCGAUUUUUCUUCAAUCGACUUGUAAGCCUACCCAUUGCGCUGUAUCCAAAGAGCGGAACGAUUGGAUAGCGCGAUGUUCAAAAAAUAGUCUCGUCUCCGUUUGCCAGCGAUGGACGUACGAAGCGCUGUGAGUACUCCUGUGACCCAAUACACCACACAUCGACGAAGUAAGAGCUAUGGUCGAACCUUUGAUGCAACAUCGCGUUUCUGCUACACUCCUGGGCAGCUAACAAUCACAAGAAUACAAACAAGCAGAGAGACCGCCAAAGCUCGCAAAAUAACUGAUAAGGUUGACCCCGAGCAGGUGGCCCUUUUAGUCAAAAAAGAAUGGAAGCUGUCAUACGUCACACCCUUAUAUCAGUUUAGACAUACCAAGUUGAAAGUGUACUCAAGGCAUCUAUCUGCCUUUAUAAUGGCAGAAAAACAACAAGGCAUGGCAGUUGAAGUUGGACUUGAGGCAGGCUUUAAAGUCACAUUUUCUACAGUACUUGGAAUGGCUGAGACAAAGGAUGACGCUGAGACUGUUUUCAUACAGAUUCACAAUAAACCAGUGUUUGCUUCUGAGGGAGACGCCCCUAAGGUUGUGUGGAGUGGAUGGCUGACCUGCAUCAAUGGUGACCCAGAGUACCUCCAGGCUCUCCCCCCAGAGUUUGUCAGUUUGCCCUUGUUCUGCUCAAGCGGUGCAGAGUCUCUAACUUUCUUGGUCAAGUCAUGGUUUGAAAGGACGUUUGACUGCAGCUUCGGAUCAAUGGGCCUCGACCCCACCGAUCUCCACUGGCUCGCCGCCCUUUGGACUGGUUGCCACAGUGAAAACAACAUCAGAUCUCUGAAGCUGGUGUGGACGCUGCCUUCUCAGCCGCCUCUUGACGUGUCGCUCACGGUGAACGCUCAGGAUGCGUGGGACCUGUGGGAUAAGGUGCGUCAGCAGGACAGCACAGACAACUCGAUCAGCAUCGAAGAGGUGAAGCGCUUCAUAACGGGCAUAGAGUCACACUUCUUCAGGCACUUCAAGGUCUACCUGUCUGCUGGGGUCCUGAAGAAGGUUUCCACAGCCCUGGGCUCCGUUCACCUAGAUGGGAAAAUCAAGAUCACCUGCAGUGACUACAUGACCACUGUACUGACACUGUUAACCGAAUGUGCCAUCCUCAAGAUGCCAAUUUUACCUGGAUGUUAAAUCCCACGUUGCCCUUUUUUAAAGCAAAUAUUCGCCAUGGAUCUUAUUUAUUAACUUUUCCUUUUGGUCCUUUGGAUAUUUAUGUCCACAGUACCUGUGUUUAACAUAACAAUACUUUCAUAUUACUGCUUUAAAUGUAAUCUAUAAUCUUAAUUGAUAUCUUGGUAUUUUGUACAUUCAUCUGUUUUUUUAUGCUUUCAGUUUAAACAGGGACCUGACCUUCACAGAGUAGUGUGUUGAGUGCUGUUUUUUUAUUGUUCUUUUAAUAUUUCUUUGAAAUAAAUGGAAAGUGCAGUCAAAA